AGUGUGACGUACAAUCUAGAUAACCGGACGCUUCUUCAACAACAACAGCAGCUAGUCAGCCACCACGGUAGCUUGCUAGCCAACAUAGCCGAAGCAUUGGAGAUCUUUAGAUCAUUUCGUUCUAUAUUAGCCACUGUGUUUUAAAAACACUUCUGUCAUCCUAAAGUUAGCUAGUUACCCCCCUUUUAAUUCAUAUUUACGUUGCUAUAGCUAGCUGGGUAGCUAAAACAGCCUAGUCGCUCAGGCUAACUAACUUGCCAACCUCUCUGAGCAUGAGUUUACUAAAAUACUCUCCAUCUGCUAAAGAAGAGGGGGUCUGCUGGACGGAGAAAGAAGCUCUGGGGCUGGACAUUGUCGUAAAAGAGGAGGAUGAAGAGGAUGUUCCAGUGAAAAAAGAAAAUAAAGAAAUUCCUGUGAAGGAAGAGGAAGGAGAGUUCAGAGUGAAAGAGGAGGAGGAUGUUACCGUGAACGAAGAGGAGAAAGAGAAGGAACAGGAUACCGUUUUUGGAGUGAAGGAGGAGGGGGAGAUAACUGUCACAUUGAAAGAGGAGGAUGAGACUGGAGAUCUGAUUAACACCGAAGAGAGACCAGACUCUCACUCUGACAGCGGGGAGAGUCCUUCAGGGGAACCAGAUGCAGAGACGUCCAAACAAGCGAGACGACACCACUGUUCCCAGUGUGGAAAGAGUUUUACUCAGUUAAGGGGCCUGAAAAUGCAUAGGAGAAUACACACAGGAGAUACACCUUACCACUGUAUCCACUGUGGAAAGAGUUUUAGGUGGUUAGGAAGCCUAAAGGACCAUAAGAGAAUACACACGGGAGAGAAGCCUCACCACUGCUCCGAGUGUGGAAAGCGUUUUACCCGAUUACUACACCUGACAUCACAUCAAAGGACACACACAGGAGAAAAGCCUUUCCCAUGUUCCCAGUGUGGAAAGGGUUUUACCCAGUUAGGGAGCCUGAAGGAGCAUGAGAGAAUACACACAGGAGAAAGCCCUUUCCCAUGCUCCCAGUGUGGAAAGAGUUUUACCCGUUUAAGGAGCUUGAGGGGGCAUGAGAGGACACACACAGGAGAAAGGCCUUUCCAAUGUUCCCAGUGUGGAAAGGGUUUUAACCGGAUAGGGAGUCUGAAGGAGCAUGAGAGGACACACACAGGAGAAAAGCCUUUCCAAUGUUCUCAGUGUGGAAAUAGAUUUACCCGGUUAGGGAACCUGAAAGGGCAUGAAAGAAUACAUACAAAACCACAGGAGGAGGAGGAGGAGAAGAAAUACCAUUGCUCUCAUUGUGGAAAGAAAUUUUUCCGAUCAGAGGACCUGAAAACACAUGAGAGGAUAGAGAGGCUGUGUUCUGACUUAAGUUUUUGACUGAGAAUGUGUGUUUUUGUUCAUGCCACAUGAAAUCAAAUUGUAAAUGCAAAAGCUUGCUAAAAAAAAUAGGCCUACAUUUGUUUUUCAUUUUUAACCUCGAGGCAUACAGGAUGGUUCUCAAUAUGCAUACGUUCUCUUGAGUACUUUCUUGUGAGGAUGAAUGUGAAGAAGGCAUAAAACAUUUGAUUUGAGAAGCAAUCGCACUCCCCGUACUGUGUUACAUCACGCUGCAUCUCCCCAUUCACUGAACCUUCUUCCAGCCAGGACAAUGGAAACAAUAGAGACGAAACAAGAUAGACACAAAGCAAAUCUUUAACUUCAUAAUUAUCAGCUAGAUAUAUGUGAAUCGUAAUCUAACUAUCCAUCUAGCUCAUAAACAGGCAAAAAUGAUCUAAAACGAAUGUUAUGCUAUGUUAGAUGUCAAUUCUUCAUGGUUUGCUAGCUAGCCAGUUAGUCCUAUUGACUUACACUGAACCUUGCUUUUUCUAGGCAGGACAAUGUCAAGAGACAAAACAAGAUAUUCACAAAGCAAACGUUUUACUUCAUAACUAUCAGCUUGCUAUAUGUGAAUCGUAGUAAUAUAGCUAACCAGAUAGUAUAACAAGCAAAAAUGACCUAAAACCAAUGUGAUCAAGGUAGAUGUAAAUUCUUUGUGGGUAGCUAGCUAACAAUUCUUUGUGGCUAUCUGGCUAGCUAACAGUAGUAGCUAGCAGGUUAUCUCUAUUGAUUUACUAUGGGCUUAGGACCUACGCACACUACAGAGGGUAAUGUAGGCAGGUAACCAUGCCAAAAUUAACACUGCGUGUAUUUAUUAACGUAGCAAGAUAAAAAAUUGCAGCCAGGCAACAUAUGAGAUGUGAACAUUCAUUCUAAAGUUGGAGUAUAUUUUCUCUUUCUUCAGCUCAAAUAAUGGUCUCCAUUGAGUUCAAGAAAAUUUGAGAAACAUCACGGUGUCUUCAGAAAGUAUUCGCACCCUUUGACCUUUUCCACAUUUUCUUGUUACAAAGUCAGAUUAAAGCGGAUUUAGUUGUCAUUAUUUGUCAACAAUCGACACAAAAUAAUCAGUCAAAGUGGAAGAAAAUGUGUUACUUUUUAUUAAUGGAAAAUAAGACACUACUAUAGGUUGGUAGGCCUCCUUGCUCGCACACGCUUUUUCAGUUCUGCCCACAAGUUUUCUAUAGGAUUGAGGUCAGGGCUUUGUGAUGGCCACUCCAAUACCUUGACUUUGUUGUCCUUAAGCCAUAUUGUCUUGAGAUGUUUCUUCAAUAUAUCCAUAUAAUUGUUCUUCCUCAUGAUGCCAUCUAUUUUGUGAAGUGCACCAGUCCCUCCUGCAGCAAAGCACCCCCACAACAUGAUGCUGCCAGCCCCGUGCUUCAUGGUUGGGAUGGUGAAGGUACCUGAGCCCCAAAACAUUACUUCUCUAGAGGAGAUCUGCAUGGAGGAAUGGGCCAAAAUACCAGCAACAGUGUGUGAAAACCUUGUGAAGACUUACAGUAAACGUUUGACCUCUGUCAUUGCCAACAAAGGGUAUAUAACAAAGUAUUCAGAUAAACUUUUGUUAUUGACCAAAUACUUAUUUUCCACCAUCAUUUGCAAAUUCAUUAAAAAUCCUACAAUGUGAUUUUCUGGAUUUUGUUUCUCAUUUUGUCUGUCAUAGUUGAAGUGUACCUAUGAUGAAAAUUACAGGCCUCUCUCAUCUUUUUAAGUGGGAGAACUUGCACAAUUGGUGGCUGACUAAAUACUUUUUUUGCCCCACUGUAUGUACAAUGGGUUCCCUCUCUGUCUCUUCCACUCUCUUUCCCCACCCCAUUCAUUGUGUAACAAGCCGUCAUAUCGGGUUAGUCCAUUAGGGACUUUUCAUUGCAUUUUGUUAGUUAUCGAUGUAUAAUCUAUCCUGUGUGUGUGUGUGUUUAUGUAAUUCUGUGUGAUGUUAGUAAUUAAAUCAUUAAGCCAA